AUGAACGCCAUGUCUACUCUAACCGCAGCGCUACCGGCAGACGGCGGCGCCGCGCCCACCCCGGCUGCCCAGCAGCCUCGUCACCGUCCCGGCGGGGUCUUCUCCCGGUUCGAGUUGACGGGCAAAGUCGCCGUCAUCAGUGGGGGCGCUCGUGGACUGGGAUACGAGAUGGCCCGGGCUCUCUGCGAGGCUGGAUUGGCGGGGAUCGCGAUCUUGGACAUCUUGCAAGAGUUCGCAGAGAGUGCGAUCAAAGAGCUCCAUGCAGAUUUCGGAAUCACGGCGUCGUUCUACAGGGUCGAUGUCCGGGACAGCGAUGCGGUCGAGGAGGUCAUCAACGGCGUCGUCCGCGACUUCGGCUCCGUCGAUAUCCUGCUCUGCUCCGCCGGCGUCUCCGACAACAUCGCCGCCGAAGACUACCCCGCCGAUCGCUUCAAGCGGGUGGUCGAUAUCAACCUUAAUGGGACGUUUUUCUGCGCCCAAAGCUGUGCCAAGCACAUGAUCUCGUCCGGGCGGGGCGGCUCGAUGAUCUUCAUCGGGUCGAUGAGCGGAAGGAUCGUCAAUUACCCGCAGCCCCAAAGCGCCUAUAACGCAAGCAAAGCGGGCGUCAUCCAUCUGAUGAAAUCCCUCGCUGCGGAAUGGGCACCCCACAAGAUCCGCUGUAACUCCAUCUCGCCGGGGUACAUGAACACCCUGCUGAUCGAGAAAUUCGAUCCCCUCUUGAAGAAAGUGUGGUUUGAAAGGACACCGGUGGGACGAAUGGGUCAUGUUUCGGACUUGAACGGGGCCGCGUUGUAUUUGGCCAGCGACGCAUCUUCGUUCACUACGGGCACUGAUCUCUUGAUCGACGGUGGCUAUUGUACGUGGUAG